ACAUACGGAACAAAAUAUCUUUUAAUCUUUAUUUCAUCAAUAUCAAAUAUUGUUCUCAUUUGUGUUGUAUGGUUGUAAAUAACUAAAUUUAUUUAUUUUUAAUUCUAUACAACCUAACAAAAAAGGUACUGAGUUGUUCUACUUUUAUUUAGGCAGAAUGGCUCCAAAAAAGGUAGAAGAACCUGAGAAAAAGCCACUGAUUGGAAGAGUGGGCACUAAUUUAAAAGUUGGUAUUGUAGGAGUACCAAAUGUAGGCAAAUCUACAUUCUUCAAUGUGCUGACUAAAAGUCAAGCGGCUGCUGAGAAUUUUCCUUUCUGCACUAUUGAUCCAAAUGAAAAUAAGUAUCUUUUAUUACAAUUUUGCUUUAUUAACAAGGACAAUAAUUAUUUGACUACCAUUUCACAAUUCAACAAUCUCUACAUUCAACAUUCAUCAAUCUAAUAUUUCGUGAAACUAAAUACAUAUACUUCAACUUGGAAUUAUUGUUACCUUGUAUAUUAUAUAUGUAAGUAUAUACUAUAGUUAACACAUUUUUCCAAUUUAAAAAGUUCAUGUGGUUGCAUUAGUAUGAGGUGGCAGAUGGAAAUAGAGGGGAAAUAGAGGGGAAAUAGAGAGGAUAUGUAGUUAAUUAAUAUUAAAAAUGGAUGGAGGUGGCUCAAGACCAUGCUUUGUGGCACUCCUCUAGGGAGGCCUAUGUUGAGCAAUGAACUUGUGAAGGACUGUAAUAAAUCAAUGAAUGAAUAUUAAAAAUCAGUUUUCAGAAUUAUACUUUUAAAAUGAAAUUAGUCACCUUCUUAAGUUGUUAAGGGAAGGGCUGUAAGGAUGGGUGUCUUUUUAUACAAUUUCCUUGAACCUAGUGAUGGUAUAAUGCCUUAAAAUUCCAUUGCUGGCACUUUGAUAUUUAUAACCCUAAUUAUUCUCAAAACUAAAAAUAAAUAAUAAGAUGAUAUUUAAAAAAAUAUCCAACUAAGCUGCUUUUAUAUUAACUUACAUAUGUUAUAUAUAUUAUAUUGCCAAUAAUAAAGAUACUACAAUAAUUAUUAAAUAGUCCUUAUCAUUUAAGGAUACUGCCAAAAUACUGGCUGCCUAUUUUCCUUACAUUUUUCAUAUUUAGUUAAUUGCUUGUCACAUUAAUUGACAGUUAAAUUUAUUUGAUAAAUAAAGCUUCUUAUAUGUCAAAUGUUUACAUGUUUGAAGGAUGACUGAAAAUGAUAAUCCUUAUUCAUACUUCCAAGUUGUGGACAAAUUUAACAUUAAUAAUGUGGUACCUAAUAAAAAUAUGGUGUACAGUGGAGACUUAAACCAUAUAAAAACAAAUACAACUGAGGAAACUGAUAAUCGUCCCAGGCCAUUGGCCGUGGCUAUUUUAGGCAUAAAUAACACAGCAUCACCAUUUCCAAAUAAUCUAGAUUCCUACCAUACUUGGACUGAUAUUGAUUCUCAAGAAACUUAUCUAAAUUUGAAACCAAUGUGCUAUACCAUUUUAGCGAAACCAGGAACUGGAGGAUACUCACUUGGAGAAAGUAUGGCCAAGAGAUUAAAUGUUAUACAUAUUAGCCCAAAGAAUGUCAUCGAGGAUGAAAUAGAACAAAAUAGUCCCACAGGAAAAUGUAUUGAUUUUAAUUUACGACAUAACAAUGUUUGUAAGUUUGAUACAAUUUGGACAAUAAUGAAAAAGAAAUUGGAUUCACCUGCAGUAAAACACAGAGGCUAUGUUAUAUCCGGGCUCCCAUUGGUAACUUGUAGUAAAAAUAUGGAGAGUUUUUAUGGUAAAUUACAUGAUGAAGACACAAUAUUAAAUGCAGAGGAGUUAGUACAUGAUUUAAUUACAAAUUUACAUAAAAAGAAAGGUAAUGUGAUAAGAAAUGAACCAGUAAAUCUUGAUUCUUCAAGUACUAGUGAACUUAUGUCAGAAAUUGAAAGUAACUUUGAAGAAGAAGAACAAGAAGCCGAAGUAAAUGAAGCUCUGGACCCAAUUAGAGCAAUACCUAAGUCUGUUUUAGAACCUUCUCAUGGCUUAAUUUUAUUUACAAAAGCUUAUCUAUAUUCAAAAAAAGCUAUGCUGUUACAUCAGUGUCAAGAAAUAUUUAGUUCUAAUGUUAAACCUAACAUAGUUAUUUAUAUUUCAUGCCCUGAUACAGAUGCAGUUACUAAAAGAAGUCGCAAAUACUUUAAUUAUUUGACCACUAAUCCUAUUGAUAGUCAUCCAUUUUUGUUGAAAAAUGACGAGUUGGGAUGGCCUACUAAAUAUACCGUGCUAGAGAAUUUAUCAAAUUUUAGUGACAACACUUACUUAAAAUGGAAAUAUUGCUGUAGAUUGCCAGUUAAUUUUACUUCUAAUUCGACAAAUCAGAUGUGUAAUUACAAAAAUUAUAUCAUGCCUUAUUUAGAGAAGAAAAUAAAAGAUUUUGACUCUAAAUUUGUGCUUAAAUUGGAUGGUCGCUAUCCUACCCAAGAAAUGAUAAACCUUUUAUUAGAAAAACUUAUAUCAUUGCCAGUUAAACCUGUUUUAAUACCAGAACCUUUGUAUCUUGAGGAUUCCUUUGAUGAGAUUGAGGAUUUUUGGAAAUUGGCUGAAGAAACUAACAUUAUUAAAUAUGGUUCAAAAAAGUUCAUUAGAUAUGCAUCGCCUUGGUACAAUAGAUGUCCAGUAGAACUAAAAAAAAGACAUGUAAUCAAAGGCUUACCAAAAUUUGCGGUUGCCUUUUUUAAACACAUCUAUCUUUUAUCAUCAUUGAAUGCUAUGAUCGCAUUCUGCCGAAAUCCUCGCCCUUUUUUAAAGCUGGAGUAUUUAGAGCCAACAUGUAGAAUAAUAGUAAUGGGAACAAAGUCAUCUGGUAAAAGUAUGAUUACACAGUGUUUAUCCUGGUUGUUUGACGCUCCUGUUAUAAAUUACGAGUCAUUUGUCAAUAAUGAGAGGCAAAAAAAAUAUGAGGAGUUUUCAAAGUCAAUAUUAUCUAAAAUAAUCACAGACAUUGAGGAAAAUAGAACAAUAGAAUGGCAAAAGAAAGAACUAAAUAGAAUUACUAAAUUAAACGAUUGGAAUGAUGUAACCACAAAAAAUUUACAGAAACAUGUUCUUUUAACGAAAAAAUACCAAACUUUUGAAAUAGAGGGAACAAAGGAUGACAAAUAUUCUGAUACUGCAGAACAAGGAAGUGAUUUUUUCAAUGAAUUGGCAAAUAUACGGAAUGAACUUCAUUUCUUGCCUAUGUUAGAUGACAUUCAAAAAUGUCAAGAAAUUCUUGAAAAUGAUAAUUUGUUCCAAUUUGCAACUCAUGAUUUAACUACAGUAACGCCUAAACCAGGUGUGCCUGCCAUUGGUGACGAGGAUGUUAUGAAUGCAACAACUGCAUUUAUUCUAGAAAAUAAUCUUACUAUGGAUAUUGAACCAACUCCAAUAGAAUUAAUGCAAGAAUUAAUAAAGAUAUUGAAAAGUUUUGAUAUUCAGAUGAAAGGUGAAUCAAAUUAUGAGUAUGAAUAUGGGAAGUAUAUCAUUGAUGGAUUCCCCCCAGAUACAGAAAUUUGGCAAUUUCUUUUAGACUCACUUUUAUUACCAGAUUAUGUUAUAACUAUCAAAGAGAAUAGAGAGAUCGAUGAAGAAAUUGGUCAGAAUUAUAUUGAUAUUAAAACAUGUUCAAAAAGUCAUGAUACACGCUUCCUGUUAGCUAAUGACGAUCUUAUACAAAUUAAACUGCUUUCAAAAAAAGCUGUAGAAACACCUCCAAUUCAUGCUGAAAUGUUCAUAAAGGAUCUUAUAAAUGCUAUGAUGGAAACUAUUUUUACGGCUAAAAGUGAAUUUAUAAAUGAAAUUAAUGAGUCUAUGGACAAAUUUCGCGAAGAUUGGGAUACGUUGCAACUUAAUCUCAAAGAAACGUUUAAAACAUGUAUUGAAGUACAAAUUG